AUGUCUGAAUUAAAAAUUUUCGUAGUUCUCUCAAUAUAUCUUCAGUUAGUAUCUGCAGAUAUUGUUGGGUUCGUGACAGUUUAUCCCUAUUUUGAGGAAGAUGUCGGCAAUGAAAACGGUAAGGCCAAUAAUCUGGUCGAAAAAUUGGAAAAAAUUAAGAUAUGUAUUGGAAAGGUAGACACCGAUAAUCACGAGAAAUUUGUACAUAGUUGCGGAAAUUCACGAAUGAAUUGGAAUAAGGAAUCUUCAAGGAACUUUCAAGAGUUUGCCGCUCUACAUUUACCUAUCGAUGAUUCAAAGAUUUCUACGCACCUUCUUCUUCUCCCAGUAGAAGAAGAUAUAAAUCAAGAUGGGUCCGACAGGUUGGAUGGAGCUAAUGAUAAUCUUUCCUUUCCUCUUCCGCUGAUGUUUCCACGUGAAGAUAGAACACAUAUUGUAGACACACUUUCAGGAUUGAAGCUAAAAAUAUCAUUGGAAUGUGCUGAAAAAUUCUAUGGUCCACGAUGUAAAAUUUAUUGUGAUUCGUCAAAACUAAGACAAGGCCUGACUUGUCAUCCACAGACAGGGGAGAUUAUUUGUUCACACGGAUGGAUAGGAGAUGACUGCUCUGAAAAUGUUUUUAUUGAUCGCAAUACUGCGUCAGAAUUUAUCAAAAGUCGUUUCAAAAGAGAAGAGAUCGAAAAUGAAUAUGAUUGUAGAAAAAUAACAUGUACGGACGAACAACUUCGUGAUUAUUUGCUUCAUGGAUUAGAACUGACGGAGGAAACACUCAACCUGCAAAAUGAAUGCAUGGUAACAGCAGGAUGUAACCAAAACGGAACUCUGUCAUGUUCGAAAUUAAAUGACGAAGAAUAUGAAUGUGUAUGCAAUGGAGGAUAUAGAGGCAAAGAUUGUUCAGAAAAUAAUCCAUGCUACUUCGAGCCAUGUCACAAUGACGGUUCUUGUCAGGAUAUAGACAACCACGUUAUUUGUGAAUGCCCUGAUGGAUUUCAUGGUCAAUUUUGUGAAAAUGAAGUAAAUCAUUGCCUUGAUGAAACUUGUGGUUACCACGGAGAAUGCGAGUCGGAUUCUUCCGGUUUCCGGUGUUCAUGCGAUACGGGGUUCACGGGUGAAAAGUGUGAAGUCGACAUUGAUGAUUGCAUGGAAAAUUCAUGUUCUAAUAGCGGAAAAUGCGUUGAUGGAAUAAAUUCAUAUGAUUGUGAUUGUAACGAAGGAUAUGCUGGGAAAAAUUGUGAAUCUUUGAUUGAUGGAUGUCAAAGUGAACCAUGCUUGAAUGGUGGAAAAUGUGAAAGCUUUUCUGAUGGACUAUAUGAAUGCACUUGCACUGAAAGUUUUUUUGGACCGACAUGUGCUGAAAAAAUACAAGAUCCAUGUGAAGAUGAUACUUGUAAUGGUAAUGGCAGAUGUUUCUCAAUAUUUGAAGAAGAAUCUGAGUUUCACGAAAAAACAGUUGUGUGUAAUUGUGAAGUUGGAUAUGUCGGGAAAUAUUGCCAGACAAAAGUAGCAUCCUGCGAAUCAGUAGAACUACCGUGUCCAGUUAACUCUACAUGCGUGAAUUUGGAGAAUGAAUACAUAUGCGUUUGUCCCGCCGGAUUUGAAGGGGAAAAUUGUGAAAUUGAUUGUGAUUCGUGCGAAGAAAGAAAUGAUUUGAAAUGUGAAGAAAAUCCAUGCCAGAACGAUGCAAGAUGUCUUGUAUUAAACAAUAACGUAACGUGCGUUUGUGGGCUAGGUUUCACUGGCAAGCAUUGUGAAAACGAAGUCGACUUUUGUGCCAACAUAACUUGUGGAAACCAGGGAGAAUGUAUGCCCAUACGAGACGGAUACCAUUGCAACUGUGACGAAGGAUAUACCGGUUUCAAUUGUGAGGAAGAUGUUAAUGAAUGUGAAACCCAACAUGGUUUAUGUAAAAACGAUGCAGAAUGCAUAAACACUAUUGGAGGGUUUCAAUGCAUAUGUACUAAAGGUUUCGCAGGAGAAACCUGUGAUCAUAAACUUGAUGCUUGUUCUUUCAAUAACGAAUGUCUCAACGGUGCAACGUGCAUUCCAUCUGAAGAAUCAUUCGUGUGUGCAUGCAGGCUAGGUCAUGUUGGUUUGUUUUGCGAGAAAGUUGUCGAUCUGUGCGCGGAUGUACCUUCUCCUUGCCAAAAUAAUGGAACUUGCGAGAUCGUUUCGUUGGAAGAACAAACAAUCAAAUGCACUUGUCAUGAAAGAUAUUACGGGAGAUUCUGUGAACAAGAAAUUCCAGCAUGCAAAGUCAAGUUCGAGUUAGGAGAUGGUAGUCACGAACUCACUGAUCGAACAGACUGCGGUUCCUAUGGCGAUUGCGUUGUUAAUGACGUCAAAGAAUUUUCAUGUGAAUGCCAUGAAGGAUAUGAAGGCGAAUUUUGCGACCAAAGAAUUAACGUCGUUACAUGUGAAGAUGUCUUCUGCGAGUGCAAGUCUGUUAUUCACAACUACAAAGCUCUUCACAAUAAAUUUGAUAACAAUACUGAGUGCUUCCAUCCAGUUUAUGGAAAAGGACGGUGUGGAAAAGAAGAAUGUAUUUCUACUAAUUGCAGUAAUAACAGCCCACUAAUUUGUCAAUACAAUGCUGAUUGCUUCGACAAAAAUAAACCAUCACCGAGAAGUAGCCGUGAUGUAAAACCAUGUCCUAUGGUCUAUCUCUACUUUGACAGACAGCAUAUUCCUCAGGGUUCAACUGUGAGUACAAUCUGUGAAGAGAUCAGAAAUAUGGAACCACUUGUAAGCUACUCAGAAGAAAUUGUUGUUAAGUGCAUUGCAGAAAGUUUGACAUCAACUAAACUGAAAAUAGCAACGGCGAUAAAGCAAAGGAGUGGCAGUGGAGAUAGAUACGAUGUAUAUGAUCUGGCUGAGAAUCUUUUCCUUUAUCUCAACAAAACCGUGAUCAAUGACAGCCUAGAUCACAACAAAUCCGUUUCUUUUCCACUUUUUGUUGCAUUACAAAACGCCUCUUUCAAUGAUGAAUUCAUCGAAGAUGGAUCUUUGCCCUCCAAACUUACUAAUAACAACACAAACGAUUCAGUAAAUAAAAAACCCUUCAACGAAAGAGCUAAAGAUGCAGCAAUUAUUGCUGUAGCAGUUGUCUGUUCCGUCGUGCUACUCGUUCUAGCAAUGACGUUUAUGAUUUGUCUACAAAAAAGAAAAUCAUUUCAAAGAACGCAAAGUCCAACUACUUCUAAUCAUGACAACAAUAAUUUAGAGAUUGAUUCAGUACAUUGGACAAAGAACGGAAAGAUUUCAAAUGAUUCUAAAUUGAUGUCAUUUGACAAUCCAUUAAUGAAUGAUGCUGAUAACAAUGUUUUUAUAGCGGAUGAAAACCCUCAAACGUCACCAAGCACGUCAAGAAUACAACAAAGAAUACGCGAGGAUGAUGCUAAUGACGACACUGUAUCAAGAACUGGGGUUUCUACUUUUGUUAAAAAUUCACCCAAAAGUGACGUCAUGAGAUGAUAUCGAUGUUACUGCAUAACUAACAAUUCAGGGUAGCGAAGAUGUGAUAACGCAAAUUUAUAAAAAAAGAGAAUCAAAAUUAUCUGGUCAUCCAACUGUCAAUGGAUUUGUAAGACACUUUAAAACCAUAACCAAUCUUACUCAUUCGGCUUGAAGUUCACCUGUGAGUACAGUUAUCGAUUUAACACAUCGGAUGACCAACUGCGUUUUUCAAAUGACGUAUGAUUUAUGCAUUUGCUGCCUCAUGCCAGGAUUCUGGUUCAUUUCUCAUAUAUGCCAGCAGUUCAGUUAGAAUUUUUAUUUUUCCCAUUAGCAACGUAAACUCCAAUAUCGUCAACGCGAUUAAUAUACCAACGAGAUACCAUUAGUAACGUAUCAAUGUUAUUUGUUUUAUAUUAAAUAUUAUUUUUACGGUUAUUAUUUACUUCCACUGAGAUUUCUAACAUAAUUAUAGCUUUUUAAUAAUAUUAAAUACUGAGAGAUUAUCAAUGUAAAACUAAUUGACUUUUUCGUGUAUAUGAAACUGAAUUUAGACAAUGAGGAUGCAAUUUCGGUUGAUGCUCACAAGAUGUCUCAUGUAAUUUAUUUUAUUCUAGCCUCCAGCCGCUUUAUUGUAGUUUCCAAGUGUUAUCUUUUACUCUUAAGCUAAAUUAUAGAAACAAAAGUAUUUUUAAAAAUCUGUGUUACAAUAUUUUGAAUUAUUUGCUUAAUAAAUACCUGUGGAAGUUUUGA